AUGCACGCCUUACCUGCUGCAUCCCGCGUCGAAUCGCGACUACCGCUGUGUGCCAAGCUGCGGAACGAGCUGAGCGAGAACGGGCCCUGGGACUGCGCGCCCUUCACUGUGGCGGCCGACCCGUCAGCCCCUACCCCCGCCCCGACCCCGGGCUCCCGCGAAGUGCCCUCCACCACCACCGCGCCAGCGGCGCCGGCGACAACGCCUUCUCCGGUAGGAACUCCGGCUCCUGUGGCCGUUGUAACAGCGACCGCCGCCCCCGCACCGGCCACCGGAGAGCCGGGGUCCCCUGGGGUCCCGCCGAUUCCGGUGCCCGCCAAGACGGUGUGCGACCCCGCGGCGGAGCUGUCGUUCACGUACGACGCGAGGGAGGACGAGGAGAUCGAGGGGUCGCUCGUGACGAUCGAGCACGCCAGCGGGGACCGGACGGAGCUAGGCUGCGUGACGCUGACGGAGAUGUGGCAGUGGCUGCAGUCGGGCCCGGAGGGGGUACCCACGGACCUUCUUUAUCCCGUCGACCCGGCCACCGGUGCCGCCAUCACGACAGCGUCGACGGUGGAGGAGCUUACUGGCGUGUGGCUCGUGAGAACCUCGCUGGCCGUCUCUAACGGCGUGACGAUGAACCUCAAGGGCACCUCAGUGGGGGGCGACUGCGACGAGCUGAAGAUCAGGAGCUCGCCGACGCUGAUUCACGCCGUCCGGGGGCACGGCGGCAACCUCGACAUCUACAAGACUUUGAUCCAGAGCUGGGACGAAAAUCUGCUGACGGCUCACAUCCUGGCCGACGACAGCACCGGGGACGAGCCCCGCUCCUACAUCGCCUGCAGCAGCGAGGUGGUGAACGAGAACGACACGUGCGACUCGGGUUACGCGAGGGAGGACAAGGGCGAGUGCCGGAUGGACAUGGUGGACAGCGAGCUGGGACACAUGGGCUACUUCGCCUCUGAAUCCUACGGCAUCACCUGGAAGGUCCGAGGCUUCUGCGAGGACAUGAGCAACCCGGAGGUGUUCGACAACGUCAACGUCUACGGGGACAUCACGAACUGCGACAUCCACCACAUGUGGUACGGCAUGUACAGCUAUGGCCACCAGGGUGGAGUCUGGACCGACUCUCUCAUGCACGGUGAGGACGACAACUACGUGUACGGGUUCGACCCUCACGAUGACAGCGACUACCUCACCAUCAGAAACAACACUGUGUGGAACAACAAGAAGCACGGCAUCAUCGCGUCCAAGCGCUGCGACCACGUGGUGAUCCAGGACAACACGGUGGACACCAGCGGCGGGUCGGGGAUCAUGCUCCACAGAAGCUGCGACGACUCGGAGAUCACCGGUAAGGCUGGCUAUGGGCCGCGACGGGGGGGGGUACGACGCUUGGAAUUGUAG